AAGGUGUUGGUGAAACAGGCUGUCAACUCGAAUCUGUUGAUAUUCACUCUGGCAACGUUAGGACGACUGAGUCUUCGAGCUGAACAAUUAGGUUCUAAUAUAUUGCUCCCACACCACGUGUUACACCGCGCAGAAAUAUACAUAACUGUGUCAGGUAACGCAAUCUGUCCAUAUGUCCCCAUCAAGUAGUAACAGAAUGUCAACUGUCAGACUUUCAUUUGCUGAUGUAUAUGGUAUGAGUGCUUGGAGACUCCCAUGUCUUCGUAGAGGUCUUGGUCCCAACCGAUUUGCAAGGCGGGAUAAACAUAGCGCCGCCAGUCCCACAGUACGCGCAGAACUCCGUGCACUACUGCGCGAAACAGCCCAACCCGUUGCAGUCGUUACCUCUUUGAUGCCUCCUCAGGCAUCAUCCCCUCACACUCGUUUUCAUGGUGCAACUUUGUCGUCGUUCAGUUCAAUUGCAAUGGACCCCCACCCGCUAGUCGCCUUCUCACUUCGAAUACCAUCACGUAUGGCGACUUCGUUGAAAAACGCACACAUUGAUUGGCCUUCGCAUAUGGUGAUCAAUAUCCUUUCGGCUGUUCAAGAAAAUGUCGCACUCCAAUUCUCAAGAGUAGACAUCCACCCUCACCCGUUCUCAUCCAUUUCAUAUUCCUUGACGGAGGAGGGUCUACCUUUGAUCCAUGGUUCCUUGGGGGCUCUGUCAUGCAAACUGGUCGCAUCUUCGUGGCCUCUACAUGACCUGAAGUCACUUAGUGCAGGUCAGACAAAACCUGAUGCCGAAUGGGAAGGAGACGGAAUCGCGUCGGAGCUCUUUAUUGCAGAGGUGAUCAGAGUAGAGUCUCCCAAGCCACUCAAAGGAGACGAGAUGUCACACACAUUACCUCUUUUGUACCAUCGACGAGCGUAUUCGACAACGCAACCAUUAGCACCUUCACCCACGACGAAUCCAGGAGAGAAGCAAUGAUAGCAUUACGAUAUGUGCGAAUCUACUCAUACAGUGCCCUUAAUAUCAAUACAGAUUAUCGCGUAAAGCGAAGAAUGUCCGGUAUAAUGCGAUCUACAGUUUCAUGAAGGAGAACAGCUGCCCAAGCUCAACCCAUCUUCGACCACAUUGGUUCAGAUACUUAUCUACUGUGUCUAUCAUGGUACCAAGGAACUCGGCCUGUACAUCAGCCAAGGCCUUGAUUUCAUCUAUGGUCUGGUCAGACCACAGAUCCAUGGCAUGUGCGGAGGACUCACCGGAUCGUCUAGGACCAGCAGCAGCCUUCAAGGCAGCUUCCAUGCUGAAGAGGUAGGAAUAAUACUUCAACUGAUUAUACAGUUGUGCGUCAGAGUACUAGGUCGAAAGUGGAGUAUGAGAUUAUCGUCGC